GGCCCCGACCCGCCCCGAGCGCAGCCGCUGCUCAAGAUGGCCAGAGGCAGCGCCCUCCUGCUCGCCUCCCUCCUCGUCGCCGCCGCGCUCUCAGCCACGCUGGGGCUCGGGCCUCCGGAAAAGGAAAAGAGAGGCUGGACCCUGAACAGCGCCGGCUACCUUCUCGGCCCACAUGCUGUUGACGGCCACAGAUCAUUUAACGACAAGCAUGGCCUCACAGGCAAGCGGGAACUCCAACCUGAAGACGAAGUGAAGCCAGGAAGCUUUGAGAGAUCAAUGCCUGAGAACAAUGUUGUGCGCACGAUAAUUGAAUUUCUGACUUUCUUGCAUCUCAAAGAGACCGGGGCCCUCGAUGGCCUGCCCGACCUCCCCUCGGCAGUUUCUGUGUCCUCGGAAGACACCGAGCGCGCCUGAGGGGAUGCCGUCCCUGCACGUCUGUGUGUUGUCAUUUAAAGUCAAACUUUAAGAUGUUGGAUAAUCUUAUGCCAAUUUAUGCAGAGUAAGCCCGUCCUGUUCUCUUUGCCUUGAUGCUGUGUUGUUAUAAUUUAACAUCUUUUGUAAUUAUUUUAUUUUGAGUGGCAAAAUAAAAAAUAGCAACUA